GGAGGUGUGGCCUGUGGCCGGGCUCGUCAAGUUGCCGUGGCGCGGACAAGUCUGCAAAACAAGAGGCUGGGGAUUGCGUUGGCGAGAAACCAGUUCACGCCGGAGCUCGGGGCGGGAAGCGUCGCUCCGCGGGACUCGUGAGGGAAAACUCGCAGCAGGCAAGGUGGCCGCCGUUCCGUCGUCAUGGGUAAAGGAGACCCCAACAAGCCGAGGGGCAAGAUGUCCUCCUACGCCUUCUUCGUGCAGACGUGCCGGGAGGAGCACAAGAAGAAGCAUCCGGACUCCUCGGUCAAUUUCGCCGAGUUCUCGAAGAAAUGCUCGGAGAGAUGGAAGACCAUGUCUGCCAAGGAGAAGUCCAAGUUCGAAGACAUGGCCAAAAGCGAUAAAGCGCGCUAUGACCGGGAGAUGAAAAAUUACGUCCCCCCCAAAGGCGACAAGAAGGGGAAGAAAAAAGAUCCCAACGCUCCCAAGAGACCACCAUCUGCCUUCUUCCUGUUUUGCUCUGAACAUCGUCCAAAGAUCAAAAGCGAACACCCCGGGCUGUCCAUUGGGGAUACUGCAAAAAAAUUGGGUGAGAUGUGGUCUGAACAGUCAGCCAAAGAUAAACAGCCCUACGAGCAGAAAGCAGCUAAGCUAAAGGAGAAGUAUGAAAAGGAUAUUGCUGCAUACCGUGCCAAGGGCAAAAGUGAAGCAGGAAAGAAGGGUCCUGGUAGGCCUACCGGCUCCAAGAAGAAGAGUGAACCAGAGGAUGAGGAGGAAGAAGAGGAGGAGGAAGAAGAUGAAGAUGAGGAGGAAGAGGAUGAAGAUGAAGAAUAAAUGGCUAUCUUGUAAUGAUGUGUGUGGAAUGUGCGUGUGUGCUCAGGCAAUUGUUUUGCUAAGAAUGUGAAUUCAAGUGCAGCUCAAUAUUAGCUUCAGUAUAAAAACUGUACAGAUUUUUGUAUAGCUGAUAAGAUUCUUUGUAGAGAAAAUACUUUUUUUUUUUCUUAAUGCAGGUUGUAGCUUUUUGAGGGGCUACUACAUAGUUAGAAUUUUAAAGCUUCUGAUGUUGAAUGUUCCUAAAUAUUUAAUGGUUUCUUUAAUUUCUUGUGUAUGGUAGCACAGCAAACUUGUAGGAAUUAGUAUUAAUAGAAAAAAAUUUUUUUUAGGAUGUUGCAUUCUGGUUUUUUUUUUUUUAAGAAAUUUUUGUAAUAAAAUUAUGUAUGUUAUGACUUUGGUCUUUGUCUUUCUGUGUUAAAGUAUACACCAGAACCAUGGGAACUUUUGUAUUUUAGUAGUUCUUAGACACAAUUGGUUCGGGAGAAUCAUUAGUAGCAAGAUUAGAUUUUAAAGGUGUAGAGUACUAACAGAUUUUGGAGUUAUUUUUAAAAUCAAUAUGGUUUUAAGCUUUAGAACUGUGGGAUACUGACCUAAGGAAACUUGGGGAGGUUGUAAUACUAAUUUAAACUUAAACUGGAAUUUGUGGUUAUUAGAGAGGAAGGCAGUUAACUUUUUUUUGUUGUUUGAAGAAGUAGUUUCUUCUAUUAACUGUUUUAAGUAAUUAGAACUCAAUCUGUUGGCUUACUGUUUGUGAUUUUGUAUGCUGGCAGUUUUAUAGUUAAGCUUGACAAUAUUGGUUCCCCGUCAAGUUUUUUUCAAAACAGUUCUUACUAGGCAACUGUGAGAGGCUUCAGUAGCUCAUGCCAUAUUUGGAACAAAUCGUUUGUAAGGGUUAUUUAAAACAGGAAGUACUAGUCAAAAGUUUUGCUAAAGGAAGUAGGACAUUAGCAGAAAUAGCAAAACCAAUUAGCUCAUUUUAUUCUCUUUUUAGAUAAGAUUUAUUUAAAGAGUUACAUAGGGACAGAGGUUUAGUAUCUUUUGGUAACUAUGCACAUGGCUGUCAGGGCUGACGGUGCUUUCCCAGGUGCAUCAGCAGGGAGGUGGAUCUGAAGUGGAGCAGCCAGUACAUAAACUGGUGCCCUAAAUAGCUUAGCCUGUUAAGCCAUGGCACCAGUUUUCAAACAUCUUUUUGAUGCUGUUUAGCAUUUAUGUUCUGAUGGCAUAAGCAUCCAGCCAUGAGUUUUUCACUGGUCAUAAAGUGAAAACUGAUUUGCAGUGUUUUUGUGGUGUUAGGUGAUAAGUAUUUGGGGUAAUGAAGACAGUAGGAUUGGGUUGCCAUUAGUCACCUGGCUGCCAGCUGCUGGUGGUAUGAACCUUGCCUUUGGUCCAUCCUGACAGGGUCAAAACCUGCUUCACGACGCGAGUGAUUAAAUGAAAAUGUUAAAACGGUUCCUAGUGCAUCAAAUGUUAAGCUGCAGCUAAAAUUGAAAUGUAAAGUAAUGGUCUAGUUAGGAAUUGUGAGACUCAUGGGACAGACUCACCAGGUUCUUGGUCCUUUGUUUUUGAGACCUCUGAUUUUCAUUCUGUUCUCUAAGAGAUUUUAAGUUUCUAAGCUGAGAAUAACACUGCUUUAGUAGAGCUGCUUUAGAAAAGUAACCUCACAAUUUGAGAUGUGCCUGGCUCACGUAUGCUAAUUCUGUAAGUGGCUCAAAAUGUUUCUGAACAUUUAAAACAUGCCUAAGUCAUGUCAGUGGCUUGAUUGGAAAGCACUGAAAUGAGCAUUCAAGAACUCAUUACUUGGAAA